ACCAAACCAAGCCAACCCCACACUUAGCGGAAACUUGUCAAAGAAUGCUCCUAAAGUCUGGUUUGCUGCUGCUGCUGCUGAUCAGUGCAUCCGCAUCCCACGAAGCCGAGCAGAAUGACUCUGUGAGCCCCAGGAAAGCGCGGGUGGCGGCGCAGAACUCAGCCGAGGUGGUUCGGUGCCUGAACAGUGCCCUCCAGGUGGGCUGCGGAGCCUUCGCCUGCCUGGAGAACUCCACGUGCGACACGGACGGGAUGUACGACAUCUGCAAAUCCUUCCUCUACAGCGCUGCUAAAUUCGACACUCAGGGAAAGGCGUUCGUGAAGGAGAGCCUGAAGUGCAUCGCCAACGGGGUGACCUCCAAGGUGUUCCUGGCCAUCCGCAGGUGCUCCACGUUCCAGAGGAUGAUCUCGGAGGUGCAGGAGGAGUGCUACAGCAAGCUGGACCUGUGCGGCAUCGCCCGCCGCAACCCCGAGGCCAUCACCGAGGUGGUGCAGCUCCCAAACCACUUCUCCAACCGGUAUUACAACAAGCUGGUUCGGAGCCUGCUGGAGUGCGACGAGGACACGGUGAGCACCAUCAAGGAGAGCCUGAUGGAGAAGCUGGGCCCCAACAUGGCCAGCCUGUUCCACCUGCUGCAGAGCGACCACUGCGCCCAGGGCCACCCCCGCUCCGAGCUGCUGCGCAGGAGGCUCUCGGAGCCCCAGAAGCUGAAGCUGCUGCUCAGGAACCUGCGAGGUGAGGGCUCCACAGCCGCCCACGCCAAGCGCGGCUCCGCCGAGCGCGCCUGACCGGGCCGGGCAGGCCGAGCACGACCAAAGCUGAGGGCUCUGCUCUAGGAGUGCUGCACCCAAAGCCAGCAGACUGUAGGUGUUGUGACCCCCAGGAGCUGGGUUUAGUUCCUUAGGGCUCGUUUCGUUUGUUCAUCUUCUCUGUUCCUCUCCAACAACACUUGUGCAUGGGUCUGUGUUCGGUGUCGCGGCUUUCCCGCCAGCCAGACGGCUCUGUCUCUUCUCUUCCCCACACAAAAAUCUGUUGUCCCAAAAAAUCUUAGUCUUUAGUAGAUCCCUAUAGUGGUUGGGCCUUCAGGCACCAAACUCCCAAGGUUUGGAGGCUGAGUUUGUCCCAAGCUGUUGUGCUGACACCAGCCAGGCCUGGAGGUUCGGCACUGAGGGGAGGAGCCGCUCCUCUCCUGCAGGUGAUGAAAAAUGCACUAAAAACUCUCACACAUCCUAAAAGCUCUCACAAAUCCUAAAAACAUCAGUGGGAUUCAUGUCAUGAAUCUGUGCUGGCCAUGGACGAGCAUGGAUGUCACGUUCCUGGUCCUGUAGUGUCACCCUCAUCCCUGAUUCCUUCCUGUGAAUAUGUUUAAGUCGGGAUUUACCAAACUCGCUGCGUGGUUUAAUCACCAGGAGCUGGCACCACGGUGCAAAAUGAGCUCAAACCACCCCACAAAGCCCAAAAGCAGGAGAGGGACGUGUUCCACCAUGGAAAGAGGUUGUGGCUGCAGCUGGUCAGGAGGUCCCAUAAUCGUGUGUUGUAUUUCAAAGCUCACAUCUCUGUACUGUAUUUAACUGCCUGAAGCUUUAAACCAAGCCUAACAGAAACAAAGCCUGUCUUAAGAUUAGAGUAUUAAAGGCCUUGCUCUAACUGUGGUAUAAAUAGUGCUAAAAUCUGUCUGUACUGUACAUAAACUCCACCAGAGUCUGCUCCAAAGGAGCAGAACAGAAUAACUUUAUUGCCUAAACUGAGUUUUGUAAGUCAGCUCUUUCUUUUAUUAUUAUUAUUAUUAUUGUUAUUAUUGUUGUUAUUAUUAUUAUUAUUGCUUUCUUUUUCCUGGAAGCAGCACCUCUGUCAUAGUCAGGAAUUCACAUUCCACUCUGUGGCCUUUUAAGAAAGGAAGAGGGGGAAGGUUUAGAAUGGGAAUCGCAGGACCAGGAACAGACUUUCAGAGCUGAAAUUGAGGCAAAAUCCAUUAAAAACCCAAGUUCAGGCUGGUCAGUCCUGUCCCCACUGGGCUGCCAGGAAAUGCACUUAGAGCCAGGGCAGAGCUGCUGGGAAUUCUGGAAUUGUCAGAUCCUUUGGGAAUCUCACGGGGCAAAAUUCCCCUCAGGAUUUCUGGGGCAAGGCAGGGAAAAUCUGUAAUUCUCUCAAGCUCCAGCAGGAGAGCUGAGGACACAAUGAAUGCUCUGGGAUCUGCCCUUCCUCCACCCUCCUCCUCCUCCUCAGCGGGCUCUGGGAAGAGGAGCAGAGCUGGAGGCCCCAAAGCUGCUCCACGGCACAGCCAGGCCCUGGUGAGCCCAAAAAUGCCCUUUGGAUCCACACAAUGCCCUUUGUGGUGGGAUCAGAGGCAGAGGCCCUUUGUGGUGUGGGACCCACCAAGUGUCCUUUGUGGUGUGGGAUCCACCCAAAUGCCCUUUGUGGUGUGGGACCCACCCAAUGCCCUUUGUGGUGUGGGAUCCAUCAAAUGCCCUUUGUGGAUUGGGAUCCACCAAAUGCCCUUUGUGGUGUGGGACCCACCAAAUGUCCUCUGUGAUGUGUUGUCCACCCAAUUCCCUUUGUGGUGUGGAAUCCACCAAAGGCCCUUUGUGGUGUGGGACCCACCAGAGGCCCUUUGUAGUGUGGGACCCACCAAAUAUCCUUUGUGGUGUGGGAUCCACCCAAUGCCCUCUGUGAUGUGGGAUCCACCAAGUGUCCUUUGUGGAUUGGGACCCACCAAAUGUCCUUUGUGGAUUGGGAUCCACCAAAUGUCCUCUGUGAUGUGUUGUCCACCCAAUGCCCUUUGUGGUGUGGGAUCCACCAAGUGUCCUUUGUGGUGUGGGACCCACCAAAUGUCCUUUGUGGAUUGGGAUCCACCAAAUGUCCUUUGUGGAUUGGGAUCCACCAAAUGCCCUUUGUGGUGUGGGACCUACCCAGUGCCCUCUGUGGUGUGGGAUCCACCAAAUAUCCUUUGUGGUGUGGGAUCCACCCAAUGCCCUCUGUGAUGUGGGAUCCACCAAGUGUCCUUUGUGGAUUGGGACCCACCAAAUGUCCUUUGUGGAUUGGGAUCCACCAAAUGUCCUCUGUGAUGUUUUGUCCACCCAAUUCCCUUUGUGGUGCGGGACCCACCCAUUGCCCCUUGUGGUGUGGGAUCCACCAAAGGCCCUUUUGUGGUGUGGGAUCCACCAGGCCAAUCCCAAAUCCAAGCCUCGGAGUCCCUGCAGCGUGGGAGACUCUGCCUCAGAGCGUUGGAGAGCUGAUAAAGGAGGGAUCUCUUUUUUUCUUCUGGAAACCUGAAGCAAUAUUAUUUUAUUUUUUGUGUUGUUUGGGAAACCACAAAGCCUUUAAACCAGAACUUGCUGCUAAAAUAUCAAAACCAGAUGCAGUGGCAGCGUUUCAGAUGUCGCUGUCUUCACGAAAUGUAGAAGUGUUGGCAGAGAAUUGGAAGCAGCAAAAAAAUAAUUGCUGAUAUUGGUGGAGGGUUGGAAUUUGUAAUUUUUUUUGGGAUACUCUGAACAGAGCCGUGCAGGGCAAGGAAGAUGCAAAGUUCCUGAAUCAGGCAGGGAUUGAGAGGCCAACACAAAGAAGUUCUGAGAGGUGAAAACCAAAAGCUUCUGGAAUAUCCCAACCCUAAAAUUGGGAUUAUAUUUAGGAAUUGAUCCCAGGAGCGCAUCCCUGACUCCCCACCCUGCAGCUGUUGGGAGCCAGGGAAUUCUGCUGGGGUUUGUGCCUCCAGUCCGUGCUUUUAUUUGGGAAUUGGUCACAAAAAGUCUUUCCCUGCCUCGGGGCAGCGCUCCAGCCCCACCUGGGAGUGCUCCAGAGCUCCCACUGUGGGACCCCAAAGCUCCCGGGAGCUUUCCAAGGACACCUGGGCAGGGAUAUGGAAAGUGGCUUCUCCACCCACCCAUUGCUCUGCAACCCCAUAAAGGUGCCUGGAGCAGAUUUGGGGCCGGGGAGGAGCCUUGGGCCUCCCAGUCCCAUCUUUUUUUGGGGUGCAGAAUGAAAUUUCCCUUUCCAGCAGUAAUUCCAACCUUGCUGAAUGUGGGUGGGAAGAAGAGCGGGGAGAUGAUUGCCCCUGGUGGGGUUUGCUGUGGUGGUCCAGGGGAUCAUCCCUGGAAAUACCCCAGGGAGCUCCCCCAGUGCCAUCCCUGUCCCAAAAAAACCACAAUUCCCAAUUUUUGAGCUGCUUUGAGGCCGCUUUUGUCCCUGUGCUGGAGCAGGGAGGAAUUUGGGAUCCCUCACGCGACCUGGACACUCCCAGCUGUCCCCAUCCCUCAGGAGGGAAAUUUGGGAUCUCUUCUGAGGGGAUUUGGGAGCUCUGCCCAUCCCUCAGGAAUGAGGGAAAGGUUUGGAUUCGGGGUGAGAGAUCCCUCGGGGUGGGGAAUGACCCCCACGACCAAGUCCAGCAAUUUCACCCUGGAGUUCAUCUCUGCUUCGUGGUUUUGGUGUCACAAAAGGAUUUUUUUUCUCUCGGGGCGGGGAGGGGCUUCUCUGGGAAGGUUUGCAUGAGUCUCGUGUUUGUUUGCACUUUAGACGUUUUUGUGCCAUUUGGAAUUUGCAUUAUUUGUAUUUAUAAUUUAAAGAGACCUAGGAAAGGGAAAAGGGAGAGAGUUUGGGGGUUUUUUGGGGGGGGUUUUGGGUUUUGGUUUUUUUUGCUGAGUACUGGAAUAAACAGUGAGCAUAUCUGGUAUAUGUCCUUAUUUAUUGUUUCCAUGACGUUUGUAAAGCUCCGUGUGUUCAUAUAAAGGUUAUUUGAAACAUAUCAUAGCGAGGAGAGAGAGGCAAGUUAUUUUCUUUGCUUAUUUUUAUAAUUAAAGAUGCAUAACGUAAUGAGGCCCACGUUGGAUUUUCUUCUGCAAUGAAAUAAAAAAGUCAAAUUUAAA